AUGACUUCGGUUAUCAGCGCAUUGCGCAAGCAAAUUGCAACAUGCGAAGCCACACUCAAAGACCUGCGCCAACAGCUGGCGGAAGCGGAGCACAAUCAACGCGAGCAGGGCAAGAUUGUGCCGCAAAAAAGGCGACUGGCAACUGAUCCUGUAAACCCCAUGGAUCAUGACAUGAAUUUUGGAGUCCCGGAUCAGUUCCGCGACGAGAUCUUUUCUAUACUCCAGCAAGAGCAAACGGCGCCGGAAGCCGCGGGCACUGUAGCUGAAGAAGCGCCAAAAUGGCCAUUGGAGAAGAACGAGUACAAGAGAUAUGGAAGGCAGCUGAUCAUGCCUGAGAUCGGCCUAAAAGGUCAGCUUCGUUUGAAAGAUGCCCGGGUACUCAUAGUAGGUGUGGGUGGUCUUGGUUGUCCAGCUGCUGCAUACCUGGUCGGAGCAGGGGUUGGUACCGUUGGACUAGUCGAUGGCGACGUUGUAGAAGAAUCGAAUCUACACCGACAAAUCUUACAUUCUACGGCCAGAGUUGGAAUGACCAAAAUCGAGAGCGCGAUGGUGUCUUUGAAGUCGCUCAACCCUAAUGUUACACUCGUCCCUCACACAUCCCGACUCAGCCCAGGGACUGCGGUUUCGACAUUCAAACAGUACGACUUGGUUCUAGAUUGCACAGACACUCCCGCAUCGCGCUACCUAAUAUCCGAUACAUGUGUCCUCCUCGGCAAGACGCUCGUCUCCGCAUCAGCCCUCCGCAUAGACGGCCAAAUGAUGGUCCUGAACAACCCACCCUUACCAGCCGGCGAUCCCAACGGAGGCCCCUGUUACCGCUGCGUCUUCCCCAAACCCCCACCCCCCGAAUCCGUCGUCUCAUGCGGCGACGGUGGCAUCCUAGGACCGGUCGUUGGCGUAAUGGGCGUCUUGCAAGCACUCGAAGCGAUCAAAGUCCUCACCCACAAACCCACCACCACACCCGCAGAUCCGCCGAGUCUUCUUCUCUUCUCGGCUUACUCAAAUCCCAUGUUCCGGUCUAUACGGCUCAGGAGUCGGAAAGCGAAGUGCGCUGCUUGUUCGACGCACGCAACGAUUAGUGCAGAAGCGCUGGAUUCGGGCAGUCUGGACUACGUUCAGUUCUGCGGCAGUUUACUUCCAGAUAACAAUCCACUGGCCCCUGAAGAACGUAUAUCAGCGAAGAACUACGCCCAAUUACGGUCCGGUGUCAAUCCUUUCACGGGCACAGUAUCGAAGAAAGAAAGUCACUUGCUAGUUGACGUCCGUGAGAAAGUACAGUUUGAACUGUGUAACAUCGACGGUAGUAUCAACGUGCCUUUCUCUACGGUCUCAGCCACCCGGGGACCUACCUCUGCCGUCGAAGAAGAGGACUGGACCAAGAUGCUACGCCAAUCUGAGAAGCCCAUCUUCGUUGUGUGUAGAUUGGGUAACGACUCGCAGGUUACGGUCAAGAAGAUGAAAGAGCUUGGACUCGAUGCGGGCGGGAAGAGGUAUAUUGGUGAUAUCAAGGGGGGUCUGCAGGCGUGGAGAAGUACUGUCGAUACUGAGUUUCCGGAUUACUGA